AUUGAAAUAAAUUUUAAUAUGUCUGAAAUUGAGCAGUUAACUUAAUAGAAGUAAGAGAUUGAGAAAAGUUAAGGAAUUUUGAAUUAAUGGGUUCAGUUAAAGAAAAAUUUGUCAUAAAAAUUCAAAAAUCCUGCAGAAGCUUUUAAAUCAUUAUGUAAGGAAGGGAAAGAAGUAUUAGCGAUUGAAGAUUUUGGAGAUUUUGCAAAAGGAUUAGAUUUGUAAGUUUAUAAAAGUAUAUUUAUCUAGAACUUAAGUAUUUAAAGAUUAUACAUUAAAUGAAGAUAAUUUUUGUAAGGCUUGGGAAUAAUGGGAAUACAAAUAAAAAUAAAAUGAUCAUAAAUUACAAAUCAUAAAUGAAAAGCUUCAACUAUUGAUAAUGUUAGAUAAUGGAGAGAUGCCUAAAGAAGGUUUAAGAGGAUUAGAUUCAGCACCAAAUAAAAGAGUACAACAAAUAACAGAGAAUAAUGAAACAUUAGAAAAAUUAUAAGAAAAAUUAGAUAAUCUAGUAAAUGAAGGAUUGAAAUAAAAAGAAAAGCAAGAUGUUAUUGAAAAUGAAUAAGAUUGUUUUUCAUAAUUUAUGGCAAAGAAAUCAGAAAUUAAAACAUAAGAAUUGUCUAUAACAAAACUUUAAUAAAAAAAUAAUGAAGAUGAUGAAGGAAGUAAUCCUUCUAAAUCAAAGAGAAGUUAUAUUGAUUAAACUCCUUCAUAUACAAGAAAUAAAGCAACUUUUGGAAGCAGUAGUAGUAAUUUGCUUCAAAGUAGUCUUUAAAAUAAGGGUUCGUUAGGAAAUAGUCAAUUAUCCGUUAAAUCUUCAUUUAUAAUUGAAUCUUAGAUUUAAAUAUCUCCUUAGAAGGCAGCUCAAAAUUUAAGAAAUUAUACAUAAAAUCCUUAAUAAUAAAUGAAAUCUCCAUAUGAGGAAAGGUAAUAAUAAGAGGAAAGAAAGUCUUAAAAAGCUAAUAAAAUGAAGGGUGAACUUUAGACUUAUAUUUCUGAAUUAUUUUAGAAUGAAAGAGAUUAAAGAUAAUAAAUAAGAACAUUUGAGAAACCAAUUCUUUAAGAAUAGUAGAGAGGAGGUUUAGCUGGUUUUGUGACAUCAAAGAAAUUUUAUUAGAAUUAAUCAAAUAAAUAAUCUUUUAUAGAUGGUGAUUCUUAAAAUGUAUCUAAGAGAGUUUAAACUAUUAGGUAUAAUUUAAAAAUAUAAUAGGUAUAAAUUGGAUGAUUUUUAAUCCUAAAAAUUAGCAUAAUAUAGUUAUGUUCCAAGAACACUUCCAGAAUGGACUCCUGAUAGACCAGUUAGAUUAUCAAAUCCAAAACCUAAAUAAAAUAGUGGAAAAUAGAUAAGUCCAAAAUAUACUCCUGGAAACACUCAUAGAUUAAAUUUAAAUUAUUUGAAGUAAGAGAAAGAAAAGGAUGCUGUAUCUGAAUAAAAGUAAGAAGAACAUUGA